CUGCUAGAAUGGUGUUUGAUAUUAUUCUUCUCUUUAUUCUACAGCCGCUCCCCCUGAUGACAGUGAAUCACCUGCCUCUCCUGACAAAACAGCAGUGGCAGAAAGGGACCAUCUACAUGAUAUUGACAAGGGGCUAUUGGAAAAAAUUGAGAAAAUUGCUCGAGGAGAAGAUGUGGAGCCAGAGAAACAGGUCACAAUUUGGGAUUUUGCAGGACAGGAUGUCUACUACACCACGCACCAAACGUUCCUCUCAGAACGGAUCAUCUACUUGUUGGUAUUCCGACUUGACCAGGACCUCGAUGAUAAAAUCCGUGUAUACAGGGGAGAGAAGACGCUGAAAGGUAUUGUUGAGCUUUAUGUAUAUAUCUUUACAUGUAUAAGCUACUCAGGGCCCUCAUGUAAAUGGCCUGUCAGCUGUGUGUAAUUU